AUGGCGAACGAAGCCGCCAAGGCCUUGGAGGCCCUCCAGGUCUCCAAGACCAAGGAGCUCAAGGGAACCGAGAAGCGCGACUUUCUCAUCUCCCUCGAGAAGAAGUAUCAGCAGAAGUGGUCCGAGGACAAGAUCUUCGAGCAGGAUGCCCCCUCCAUCAAGGAGGUGCCCCUGCACUCCAUCUCCGCCGCGGAGCUUCGCGAGCAACAGCCCAAGUGGAUGGGAUGCAUGGCCUUCCCCUACAUGAACGGCCGUCUCCAUGCCGGUCACUUGUUCUCCGUGUCCAAGGUCGAGUUCGCCGCCGGUGUCGCCCGAAUGCAAGGCAAGCGUGCUCUUUUCCCCAUGGGAUGGCACGCGACCGGUAUGCCCAUCAAGGCCGUCGCCGAUAAGCUCAAGAACGAGGUCGAGUGGUUCGGCCGCGAUUUCGAGGGAUACAAGGAGGAGGAGCUCGUCGUCGACGACAAGCCCGCCGACGCCAAGGAGACCCGCGAGGACAUCACCAAGUUCUCGACCAAGAAGAGCAAGGCCAACGCCAAGACCGUCAAGGCCAAGUACCAAUUCCAGAUCAUGGAGGCCAUGGGCAUCCCCAGGCAAGAGAUUCACCUCUUUGCUGAUGCCUCCUACUGGUUGAGCUUCUUCCCUCCCCUCGCCCAGGAGGAUCUCACCAACCUCGGUUUCAGGAUAGAUUGGCGUAGAUCCUUCAUCACCACCGAUGCCAACCCUUACUACGACGCCUUCGUCCGCUGGCAGAUGAACCGCCUCAAGGAGCUGAACAAGAUCAAGUUCGGCAAGAGAUAUACCGUCUACUCCAUCAAGGACGGCCAGCCUUGCAUGGACCACGACCGUGCCGAGGGUGAGGGUGUCGGCGCUCAGGAGUACACCGGCCUCAAGAUGAAGGUUCUCGAGUGGGCUCCCAAGGCCGAGGAGGCUCUGAAGUCCAAGCUGCCCGCCGAUGCCAACGUCUUCCUUAUCCCCGCCACUCUCCGUCCCGAGACCAUGUACGGUCAAAACGCCGUCUUCGUCUCCCCCAAGAUCACCUAUGGUGUCUUCAAGGCUUCCGAAAAGGACUACUACGUCAUGACGACCCGCGCCGCCCGCAACAUGGCCUACCAGGGUCUUUUCGUAAAGGACGGCGUUAUCGACCAGGCCGCAGACAUUGAUGGAUCCGCAAUGAUCGGUACCCGCGUCCACGCUCCCUUCUCCAUCCACGAGUCUGGCGUCCGCGUUCUCCCUAUGGAGUCUAUUCUGCCCACCAAGGGUACCGGUGUUGUCACCUCCGUUCCCUCCGACAGUCCUGCCGAUUGGGUCAUGACCAUGGACCUCCGCAAGAAGGCCCCCUAUUACGGCAUUGAGCAGGAGUGGGCCGAGCUUGAGAUUAUCCCCAUCAUCGACACUCCCUCUGGUGACAUGAUCGCCAAGACUCUCGUCGAGCAGCUCAAGAUCGCGUCUCCUAAGGACACCGUCCAGCUCGAUAAGGCCAAGGAGACGGCCUACUCCGAGGGCUACUACAAGGGUAAGAUGAAGAUUGGCGAGUUCAAGGGCGAGUCCGUCGAGGCUGCCAAGCCCAAGGUUCGCCAGUCCCUCAUCGACCAGGGUCUUGCCUUUGCCUACUCCGAGCCCGAGCGCAAGGUCGUCAGUCGCUCUGCCGACGAGUGUAUCGUUGCGCUCAUGGACCAGUGGUACCUCGACUACGGAGAAGAGUCCUGGAAGAAGACCGCCCUUGACUGGGUCGAGAACGCCGACGGAAAGGGUCUCAACACCUUCAGCCCCGAGACCAAGAACGCCUUCCAGGGUGUCCUCAACUGGCUUAACCAGUGGGCUUGUGCCAGAUCGUACGGUCUCGGCUCCAAGCUUCCUUGGGACCCCCAGUUCCUUGUCGAGUCUCUCAGUGAUAGUACCAUCUACAUGGCCUACUACACCAUCGCACCCUACCUGCACAAGGACAUCUUUGGCAGAGAAAAGGGCCUUGGCAACUUCAGUGCUGAGCAGAUGACGGAUGAGGUUUGGGACUAUGUCUUCUGCCGACGUGAGUUCGACGAGAAGCUCCUUUCCGAGUCCAAGAUCCCCAAGGAGACCCUCGAGAGCAUGCGCCGCGAGUUCGAGUACUUCUACCCUCUGGACCUCCGCAGCUCCGGAAAGGAUCUGAUCGGCAACCACUUGACCUUCUUCCUCUACAUCCACCUCGCCAUGUUCCCUCCCGACUACUGGCCCAGAGGUAUCCGCACCAACGGCCACUUGAUGCUGAACGGUGAGAAGAUGAGCAAGUCGACCGGCAACUUCCUCACCAUGCAGGAUGUUGCCCGCAAGUUCGGUGCCGAUGCUGCCCGUAUUGGUCUCGCCGACGCCGGUGACACCAACGGUGACAGCAACUUCGAGGAGGACGUCGCUAACCAGGCUAUCCUCCGUCUUCACACCCUGAGAGAAUGGUGCGAAGAUGUCGUCAAGAACAAGAGCGAGCUGCGCACGGGCGAGUACAACUUCUUCGACAAGGUCUUCAACAACGAGAUGAAUGUCAUCGCCAAGGAGGCCAUCCAACACUACAGUGACACUUCCUACAAGUUGGCGCUCAAGGCCGCUUUCUACGAUUUCAACAACGCCCUGUCCUUCUACCGCGAGAGCAGUGUGUCGACCAAGAUGCACCACGACCUGGCUCUUCGCUACAUCGAGCUCCAGUCUCUCCUCAUCGCCGUCGUCGCGCCCCACUGGGCCGAGUCCGUGUGGAUCGAGAUCCUGGGCAAGCCCACUUCCAUCCAGCAGGCGACCUUCCCCGAGAUCCCCGAGACCGACGCCGGCCUCACGGCGGCGAGGAAGUACAUCUCCGUCACGGCGUCCAACGUCAACUCGGCCGAGUCCCUCCAGCUCAAGAAGAAGGCCAAGGGCAAGGAAACGGCGUUCGACCCCAAGAAGCCCAAGCGUCUCACCAUCUUCAUGAGCGAGCGCUUCCCGCAGUGGCAGCAGGCGUACAUCGACCUCCUGAAGGAGAUGUGGAACCCGGAGACCAAGUCGGUGGACGACAAGGCGCUCAACGGCAAGAUCGCCAAGAUGGGCGAGAUGAAGAAGGCGAUGCCGUUCGUGCAGGGCCUCAAGAGGCGCCUGCAGACGGGCGAGCCGGCCAGCGCGGUGCUGGAGCGCAAGCUCGCGUUCGACGAGAAGGCGGUGCUGGUGGACAUGAUCGACGGCCUCAAGCGCAGCGCCAACCUCGUCGAGGUGACGAUCCUGGCGGUCGAGGAGGGCAGCAAGAAGGGCACGGACCUCGUCACCGGGGCCGUGGUGGAGAACCUCGCGCCCAACGCCGAGGGCGCGGUCCCGGGCGCGCCGAACUUUUUGUUUGCGAAUGUGGAGUCAUCGUGA